CAGUCAUCCAUGCAAAGCUGUCACGGCCAGGCCACAAGGUAAAAGAUGGAGAAACUCUUACUCUUGAUUAUAAUGAUUUCAACGUGUUGUGCAGAACCCCAAGAUCUGUCAGGCAAAGUCUUUGUCUUCCCCAAGGAGAGCAACAGGGACCAUGUGAAACUCCUGACAUCUAAGACCAGUUUCAGCUCUGUGACCGUCUGUCUCAGAUUCCUCACAGAUCUGAAAAGGAACUAUGGGCUCUUCUCUUUGUCUACUUCCAAGUACAGCAAUAACUUUGUGCUCUUCAAGAUCAAUUCAGAGGAUGUCAUCAGGAUGCAUGCCCUGGAUGGGGGCACAGACUUCCUGUCGCUGUCAUUUCCUCCAAACACCUGGCACUCAAUGUGUGCUACCUGGAGCUCUGACAGUGGGUUGGCUCAGCUGUGGGUGGAUGGCAAGCCAACCAUCAAGAGAUUUAUCAAAUCAGGGGAGUCCAUCAGUGGACCGCCCAUAACCAUCCUGGGCCAAGAGCAGGACACCUAUGGUGGGGGGUUUGAUGCGAGUCAGUCUUUCAUUGGUAUGAUUUCUAAAGUCCACAUGUGGGACCAUGUCAUCUCUGCCUCAGAGAUUAAACGCUAUAUGAAUGACAAACACUUCACCCCGGGCAAUGUGUUCAACUGGAGGUCCCUGGAGUUUGAAAUCAUAGGGCAGGUUUUGGUGGAUGAGGACCCAGAGCUUAUGUAA